GACUCGUCUUUUUUCCUGUCAAGCAGCGUCAGGAAGUGCGAUGCUGUGACGGCGGCGGUGUGAGACGCGUACACACAACACAAGCGCACACGAUGGCAUCAUGUCCGCCUCGCGGCCUUCUACCAUGAGAGGCCCCCGGGGGAACACCCCUCCUCUGGUGUUCCUGCUGCUCUUGUGGCUCCUGUAUGGGACCUGGACUGGGACAGAUGGCGCUGCUGACCAAGAAAGCGAGAUGCCUGCCGAAGAGACGGAAGACGCGGAAAAAGUUGUGGAAGGCGACACGGACGUCCUCGCAGAGCCCACGUUAUCUCCUCCAGACGUGCCCCCGACGCUAGACCCACCCCCCACCCAGGAGGGUGGCACAGAUUCAGAGUGGAUUGGAACUCAAGACAAAGCAGAAGAUCUUGGUUCUGGGGAGGACAGUCCAGCAAGCACAGAGGAUAUGAACUAUGCGGACUCCACCCUCAGUCCUCUGGAAGACGAGGGCCUGAGUCUCCCCAUCAUCGUCAUCCCGGUGGCGCUGGUGGUCUUCAUCAUUGCCACCAUCGUUUUGGGCCUCUUCCUCAAACGCAGGUUGAGUAAAGAGGCUGCCAAUCAGGAUUCAAGAAAAGAUGAUCCAUAUCUGGACGGGUCCAGCAUGGAGAAAGUGCCAAUGCCCAUGUUUGAAGAAGACGUGCCCUCCGUCUUGGAGCUGGAGAUGGACGAGUUGGACCAGUGGAUGAAAAAUGACGGAUGACACAACACAGCAACACGGGACUGCCAUGCCACCAUCACCUUCAUCAGCUUCUUCUUUCUUGGACUUGACUGGGAUGAAGGCGACCAAGUCUAGUGACUAUUUGGAUUGUAAUCAAUUGUAAUACAAAUACUCACCACAACACCUUACAACAUACUUUUGUACAUACUACAGCAAUAAAAAUGUCCCACAUG